UAUUCAUAUAUAUGUAUAUAUUAUAUUUUACCAGGUGGAAAGCGGUAUUACAACAAGUGGGCGAGUACGUUACGAAUGUGCAAGUAAAGGGUACACUGCAAUGUGGCAAAGAAAGCUUUACUUCACGUGGCUCACGGCCUAUAUUCUUAUUGUACCCACCACGUGCAUCAGUUACUGUUACGUGAACGUUCUUCGCUGUGUAUGGUUGGCGGGACGAGAACAAGAUAAGAAUUCCAGCGCCAUCUAUCUCCGACGGUCUGUAAACGCCGCUUCCACGUUCCCAAGAGCUAAGAUCAAGACAUUGAAGUUAACCAUAUGUAUUAUAGCUAGCUUUGUAAUUUGUUGGACACCGUAUUUCAUUGUCCACAACAUUCGCAUUUACAGCAAUUAUACCAUUAAUAUACCAAAACCCAUCAUAAUAGGUGCAGAAACGCUAGCACUACUCAAUAGUGCACUGAAUCCCAUAUUCUACGGGUAUUUCAAUGUUCGAGUCCGAAAGGGGUUUAUUGAAAUUGUCUACAGAAAGAAAGAUUUCUCUAGCUGUGUCGCAGCUAACCAGUCAGGAAGUAACCCAGUAGACUCGGAAACAGCAUACAGCAGCUCUUGUGCUCACAACCAAAACGGAAUCCGAAAUAAAACUGUUCUUGUUACCACAAAUGUCCACAGGAACGGUCCAAAUUCCCCCAUGAGAUACCCAGAUAGAUGUCAUCGUCAACAGAAAAAGAAUGAAUAUGACUCCACGAGCGUUUAAAAGUGUUCAUCAAACUGUCAAGGAACGUCUUGUCAAGGAUUGUUGUGAACAUUCGUCACAUGCCAACCAGGAACUGUAAAAUUCAAGUAUCUAAUAAAUUACAUCUCGAGAGUUGUUAGGUUACAGAAGUACGGGGGUGAAGUUUCGAACGUCGCCAGGGGAAAUAUUUUAACUUCGAAAAAUGGCAUCGGUGCCGUAAAUAUCGCAAUCAUCAAAAUAGUUUUAGUUGUAAAAAUGUAAACAUCAAUGAUUAGGAACAGUUGAAG